AAGGUCUCAGGUUUCAGCAGGACCUUAUAGUUCGCCCAGUUCAACCGCUCUAUUUCACACUGCCCUUGCCAGGGCACUUGCAGAGAGCCGCGAUGGAGAAGUCCUGGGUGCUGUGGAACUUUGCUGAAAGAUGGCUGGUAGCUUUGGCUUCCUGGUCUUGGGCUCUCUGCCGCAUUUCUCUUUUAUCUUUAAUAGUGACCUUUCAUCUGUAUGGAGGCAUUGUCUUACUUCUGUUAAUAUUCAUAUCAAUAGCAGGUAUUCUGUAUAAAUUCCAGGAUGUAUUGCUUUACUUCCCAGAACAGCCGUCUUCUUCACGCCUUUAUGUUCCCAUGCCCACUGGUAUUCCACAUGAAAACAUUUUCAUCAGAACCAAAGAUGGAGUGCGUCUGAAUCUUAUUUUGAUAAGAUACACUGGAGACAGCUCACCCUAUUCCCCGACUAUAAUUUAUUUUCACGGGAAUGCAGGCAACAUAGGCCACAGGCUGCCAAACGCCUUGCUUAUGUUGGUUAACCUCAAAGUUAAUCUCCUGCUGGUCGACUACCGAGGCUAUGGAAAGAGUGAAGGAGAAGCAAGCGAAGAAGGCCUGUACCUUGACUCUGAGGCUGUGCUGGACUAUGUGAUGAGCAGGCCCGACCUUGACAAGACGAAAGUCUUCCUGUUCGGCCGUUCCUUGGGAGGCGCGGUAGCGAUUCACUUGGCUUCUGAGAAUUCACACAGGAUUUCAGCCAUCAUGGUUGAGAACACGUUUUUAAGCAUACCGCACAUGGCCAGCACUUUAUUCUCAUUCUUUCCGAUGCGCUACCUUCCUUUAUGGUGCUACAAAAAUAAGUUCUUGUCCUACAGAAAAAUCUCUCAGUGCAGAAUGCCUUCUCUCUUCAUCUCCGGGCUCUCUGACCAGUUAAUCCCCCCGGUAAUGAUGAAGCAGCUCUAUGAGCUCUCCCCGUCUCGGACUAAGAGGUUAGCCAUUUUCCCCGAUGGGACUCAUAACGACACGUGGCAGUGCCAGGGCUACUUCACGGCCCUCGAACAGUUCAUCAAAGAAGUAGUAAAGAGUCCUUCUCCUGAAGAGAUGGCCAAAACUUCAUCCAGUGUAACAAUUAUAUGA